AGGCCUUCCUUUGUCCCGCGCUAGGAUUAUUCAAAUGAGCCUGCCUCGCAGCUCGGGAUCCAGGCCGAGCGGAUAGCCCUCCGCCCCCCACCCCAAAGCAUCCCGUUUAUCAGGCGCGUUUCCGUUCCUCCGCGCAUGCACGCGCGGCGGCUGAAGCUUCUGGACGCUUCGGGCUGCGGACUGUACCAAGUCCAGUGGGGCCGCGAGGGGCAGAGCACGACAUUCAUCCAUCCCUCUCCCCCCUCCAGCGUUGCAGAGCCCCUCUUCCCACCCAGAGCCGGUAAUGGACCAUCUGGUCGCGCACGCGCCCUAGGCUCCUCAACCCCCUCGCUCUCGCUCCUGUAGCUGCAACGCAGGCGCAGUGCCCGGGCGUGCAGCCGCCACUGCCGAGCCCGAGCUGGGGCCUCCGGCGCCGCAUCCCUCUCUACCUGCCAACAUCCUGUGUUUGAAGAGCCUGUGGCUGGAGGUGUGACUGUGGAAGAGCUGGCAAGAGAGGGACAUUGCCCAGCUGCUGGUCUGCUCCUGUCUCCUGUCCCCUCCCCUGGCCAUGACAGAGACCCGUGAGCCUGCUGAGACUGGAGGCUAUGCCAGCUUGGAGGAAGAUGAUGAAGACCUUUCCCCAGGCCCGGAGCAUUCUUCUGACUCUGAAUACACUCUUUCAGAGCCAGACUCAGAAGAAGAAGAUGAUGAUGAAGAGGAGGAAGAGGAGACCACUGAUGACCCCGAAUAUGACCCUGGCUAUAAGGUGAAGCAGCGCCUGGGUGGGGGCCGGGGAGGUCCAUCCCGCCGGGCCCCCCGGGCAGCCCAGCCCACCGGCCCACCUGCACAGCCCUGCCAGCUCUGUGGCCGCUCACCGCUGGGGGAGGCUCCACCGGGUACCCCACCUUGCCGUCUCUGCUGCCCUGCGACAGCCCCCCAAGAAGCUCCAGCCCCUGAAGGCAGGGCCCUUGGGGAGGAAGAAGAGGAGCCACCCCGCUCUGGGGAGAGCCGGCCAGCAGGGCGGGAAGGGGAUGAAGAUGAGGAGGAGGGGGGCACCUACCACUGUACGGAGUGUGAGGACUCCUUUGACAACCUCGGGGAGCUGCACGGCCACUUCAUGCUGCAUGCUCGGGGUGAGGUGUAGGCCGGGGUGGGGGGGCACUGAGGAAGCUGGCAGAGGCGUGGGUUGGGAGAAGGGAGCUGAGAAAGCUGGAGUGGGGCUGGGGCGGGGCUGGGGGUACUGCCCAUCUGUGUUGUCUUAGCCUUAGAUAUGUGAAGGGCAGAAUAAAAGCUGGAUUCUGUGUG